ACGGGACCACGCUGGCAGGUGGAUAAUAACUUCCCAUCGCCAGCAGAUGAAUUAAUCUUGGACAAAUCCUGACGUCGACUCCUUUUUCCUGAAUUCAUCCCAAGUAGAACCCAAUACUCCAAAAGGAAGUCGUCAUCGGCCCUUCCCAAGAUGGACUGAGGGCUGAAACGGCGGAAGUUUAUUGUUUCACUCUUUAUUACUGCGCUGUGUCGCUCCUUAUUUUGGUUUCGUCUUUUCUGGGAAGGAUUUGCAGGGUGAACCUCCUACGACUGCCCUGGCCAACCCUCUUGUAUACAACCGGUCCCGACACAUCUGUGUUCGCAAACAAUCCUGAAAGAUGGCGCCGUCCGCACUCGCUGCCCUCGGGCGUGUCACAUCCCCAAAAGGCUUCAAGGGCGGCCCAGAAGCCGAAGCUCUCGUGUCGCCUCCCAGCCCCGCGGUUCCAGAUUACGAUCCUACAAUUAAUGCAAAGCCCUACUCACCUUUUUAUCGCCAUGCGACGCAAAACUUCACCGGACAGACCCCGAAUGCCGCUCUGAAAGUACCCAACGCCGAUGACCUGGAAACCGGCGCCAGUGCAUAUCGACCAUCCGGGGAGUCGGACAAUCGCCGCAGUUCGAAACUCUGGACGGAGAAGAAGAGACAUUGUGACUGGCUCAGGGCAUUGCCGAAGAAGCAAAGAAUAGCCGUGAAGGCGGUCAUUGCCAUUGUCAUCGUGGGGACAAUGGUGGCUAUUGCCCUGGGCAUUACGGCGGCCGUUGGGGGAGGAGUGUGGAAGUCGAACCACCAACAGGGGGCUAUUGGAUCCUGAGUGCGUAUGUUCUUUGACGAUGAGCGACGCGGCCAGGUCUGACUCGGUUUCUAGUGCUUCGAACAGGUUUUUUUCUUUGACAACUGCUUACGAAUUCCAUAUUCUUCACUUCUCCCCAUGCACGCUGGGGUAGCUAUUCUGCGAAAGACUUCCGGCAGAGUGGACCGGACGAACAAGGGGCGACAACAGAAGGAAAAGGGAUGGCAGAAUACCCCGAACGGGCGUGCGACGGGGAUUACCGUGUAACUAUAUGUCGCUUGAUCGGCCCAGGCAAUGGUCCAGACGCGUGGACUUCGACCGUGAUAGUGACAUUUCCU